ACUUUUUAAUGCCCCUCACUGCAAGUUAAAUAUUUGAAUGCGUUUUAUGAGAUGCGUAAAAUGGAAACCACUGUGCGUAAAUUCACGUCGGAUUAACUCUCUCUUCGCAUCCCGGCCGCAUUCCCGUGAAAAUCUAUGGAAGUAGCCGAGUUUGCUUUGAACUUGCUCUAGGCUGGGUGCCGGGGGUAUUUUCUGCGGGACGUAGUGAGGAUGCAGUCGGGGAUGCGGGCGCUCUGUGCCGGCGGAGGUGCGUCUCUCUGCUGCCUGCUCGUGCUGUGGAUGAUCUACACCCACAUCCUGAAAGAAGGUCAGUUGGCAGUAGGCACAUGUGAGAUAGUGAUGUUGAAUAGAGACAGCAGUCAACCCAAGCGCACUAUCGCCAGGCAGACAGCCCGCUGUGCCUGCCGAAGAGGACAGAUCGCUGGCACCACACGGGCCCGACCAGCAUGCGUGGACGCCCGGAUAGUGAAAAGCAAGCAGUGGUGUGAGAUGUCCCCGUGUUCAGAGGGUGAGAUCUGCGGACUGAUCUUCAAUCGCUCCGGAUGGACCUGCACCAAAGGCGGCGGCCGCAUUAAAACCGUCACGCCUCUGCCCAAGGAGCCAUCCUAAAGGACUUCAGAUUGCCGUGAGGAGGUUUGCUGACAUUCACAGGAGCGACGCCAAACAGGAAUCAUCCAUCAGCCCCCACACAUUUGUGUCCAUCCUCUCAUUUCGGAGCUAAAGAUAUCAGCUGCCCCUCUCCCUGUCACCCUCCAACAGGAAAUGGAAUCCGUGCACCAUGGUUGCAGUCAGUCAAGCGUCUCUACAGUUACAUGCAGGUCAUCGAGUCCCAGCGGCCGUCAUCGUCUCACAGCUGGGGACACGCAACAUUUUCAAUCAAACCUUGACAUAAUUGAACUGUUUAAGUUUUGAUCUCAAAAUGCAUUAGCUAGGAGAACAUUUCACUCACUUUCCAUCCAGUUAAACCGUCAGAGGAGACUGUUCGUGUACCUUUCAGACUAAGAUUACGUAAAUUCCUCGCGAAGAGCGGCGAGGCUGUUGCAUAAGAACCAUUUCGAAGGACCCCAACUGCGUCUUCAGAGCAAGGACAUGUCGUCGAUGAAAGGCCAAGGAUGUGCAGAGACCUAUAAACGUACCGCAGAGCUCAGGCUCUCUGUAAAAGGACGUGUUUUCCUAUGGAAUUGAGAAGCAGCAGAUGACUGAUGUGUCCUGUAGAUAUGACCUCUCGCGGUUUGACCAUAUGGAUUGUGUGCUGUUGAGCUCUGUCUGAGAAUGGCAAUGCACUGAUGCCCUCAACUCUAAUCAUGGCUGAUUUAAAGAUUAGCAAACAAUGUGUGGAUGUCAUCUGUCCCUUCCUCUCUGGGGCGUCUCUUUCACUCUCUGCUUUAAAUGUCUGUCUCUAAUGGAUAUAUCAUUUCUAUCGAUACUUUAUUUUGACUGUAAAUUGACACUUGCGAUGGAGUGUUGACCUAGAUAGGAAAUAAAAAGGUGUGUCCAUGUAAAUGUGCACAACGCUUUGGGGACUCUCUCUAUAUUGGGGGCCAUGCUGAUUUGCUGCGUAAAAUCAAUGUGAAAUCAUAAUGCAUAUUUAGUUUCGUAAUAAA